AUGCAGCCAUCACGAGCGAGACUGUUCAAGGAGUACAAAGAGGUUCAGCGAGAGAAAGUAGCCGAUCCUGAUAUUCAACUGGUGUGUGAUGAUACCAACAUAUUCAAAUGGACUGCACUUAUCAAGGGACCAUCGGAGACUCCUUACGAAGGCGGAGUUUUUCAGCUUGCAUUUGCUGUUCCUGAACCAUAUCCUCUGCAACCUCCUCAAGUUCGGUUCUUGACCAAAAUAUUCCAUCCGAAUGUGCAUUUCAAGACGGGGGAGAUAUGUCUGGACAUAUUGAAGAACGCGUGGAGCCCUGCGUGGACGCUUCAGUCAGUGUGUAGAGCGAUCAUAGCAUUGAUGGCUCAUCCUGAGCCAGACAGUCCUCUUAACUGCGACUCAGGAAACCUACUAAGAUCUGGUGAUGUGAGAGGGUUCAAUUCAAUGGCGCGCAUGUACACACGUCUCGCUGCUAUGCCUAAGAAAGGAUGA